AUGGCCGAACUGCAGGUGACAGAACGAACUGUCGAUCCAGCAAACUCCAAUGGCAGGUUCACCAUCAGCACCCUGAUCAGCACCGAGGACAGCGGCAGGACUCAUUAUGGCCAGACCGAUACCGUUGCGUAUGACUCUGCCCAAGCCAGUCACCUCACCCACAACACCACUUUCUACAUGCGGACCUUUGGCUACAAUACCAUUGAUGUUGUGCCCACUUACGAAAACUACGCCAACACGAGGAUCUCCGGUGAAGCCAAGAAGACCAGACCCACCUUAUCGGAUCUGCACUCGUUCCUCAAGGAAGGUAGCCAUCUUCACCCGCCAGUGUAUGAACCCCAUCGAAGUCAUAGCUUUUCUGAAGGAGGGACAGAGGAAGAGGCCAGCGAGGGGGCUGCGAAGACUCAAGGAGAGCCUGUCCGAUUUGGAUGGGUUAAGGGGGUGAUGAUCCGUUGCAUGCUUAAUAUCUGGGGUGUGAUUCUGUACCUGCGGCUGCCUUGGAUCACUGCACAAGCAGGAAUAGCACUGACUUGGGUAAUCAUACUUCUGUCUGUGACAGUGACCACCGUCACAGGGCUGUCCAUCUCAGCUAUCUCCACCAAUGGCAAAGUUAAAUCAGGUGGGACUUAUUUCCUUAUUUCAAGAAGCCUUGGACCGGAGCUGGGAGGCUCCAUUGGCCUCAUCUUUGCCUUUGCCAAUGCUGUGGCCGUGGCCAUGCACACAGUGGGCUUUGCAGAGACUGUGCGGGACCUGAUGCAGGAGCACAACUCUUCCAUGGUCGACCCCACAAACGACAUCCGCAUUAUUGGGGUCAUCACAGUGACUGUCCUGCUUGGCAUUUCUUUGGCUGGAAUGGAGUGGGAAGCCAAGGCACAGGUACUUUUCUUCCUCGUCAUCAUGGUCUCCUUUGUAAACUACAUUGUGGGAACAAUCAUUCCAGCUACUGAGGAGAAGCAAGCCAAAGGAUUCUUCGGCUACAGAGCUGAUAUUUUUGCACAGAACUUUGUGCCAAACUGGCGUGGUUCCGAUGGCAGUUUCUUUGGCUUGUUUUCCAUCUUUUUCCCAUCAGCCACUGGCAUCUUGGCAGGAGCCAACAUUUCAGGUGAUUUGAAGGAUCCUGCUGUAGCGAUUCCUAAAGGGACCCUCAUGGCUAUUUUCUGGACGACCGUGUCAUAUCUGGUUAUAUCUGCAACUAUUGGUGCGUGUGUGAUCCGAGAUGCAUCAGGAAAUGUGAACGAUACCAUCAUAACUGGUUCUGUGGGCUGUGAAGGACUUGCUUGUGGUUACGGCUGGAACUUCACUGAGUGUUCUCAGAGCCACAGCUGUCACUAUGGGCUCAUCAAUUUUUACCAGAGCAUGAGCAUGGUGUCUGGCUUCAUGCCACUAAUCACUGCUGGAAUCUUUGGGGCCACCCUCUCCUCUGCUUUGGCCUGUCUCGUCUCAGCACCCAAAGUCUUCCAGUGUCUUUGUAAGGACCAACUCUACCCUGUCAUUGGCUUUUUUGGGAAGGGGUAUGGAAAAAACAAUGAACCUAUCAGGGGUUACAUGCUGACAUACAUUAUUGCUGUUGGUUUCAUACUUAUUGCGGAACUGAAUGCCAUCGCCCCCAUCAUCUCCAACUUCUUCCUGUGCUCCUAUGCUCUCAUUAACUUCAGCUGUUUUCAUGCAUCCAUUACCAACUCCCCAGGUUGGAGGCCCUCAUUUAGGUAUUACAGCAAGUGGGCGGCUCUGUUUGGUGCCAUAGUGUCUGUCGUCAUCAUGUUCCUGCUGACCUGGUGGGCUGCCCUCAUCGCCAUUGGAAUUGUGGUUUUCUUGCUGGGAUACGUUCUCUACAAGAAGCCUGGGGUGAAUUGGGGCUCAUCUGUGCAAGCUGGUUCCUAUAACAUGGCCCUGAACUAUUCUGUGGGACUCAACAAGGUGGAUGAUCACAUUAAAAAUUACAGACCUCAGUGCCUGGUCCUGACUGGUCCUCCCAAUUUCCGCCCAGCGCUGGUGGAUUUUGUGGGCACUUUCACCAAAAACCUGAGCCUGAUGAUUUGUGGGAAUGUAUUGAUUGGGCCAGGCAAACAGAAAAUGUCGGAGUUCCAUCUUGCUUCUAGAGACCAUGUCAAGUGGCUGACCAAGCGGAAAAUCAAGGCUUUCUAUACAGAUGUCUUAGCUGAGGACUUGAGGACUGGAGUGCAGAUUCUUAUGCAGGCCUCAGGUCUUGGGAGAAUGAAACCCAAUGUCCUUGUGAUCGGGUUCAAGAAGAACUGGCAGGCAGCCCAUCCUCAGACAGUGGAGGAAUACAUUGGGAUUCUGCAUGAUGCUUUUGACUUCAAGUACGGUGUGUGCAUGAUGCGGAUGAAGGAGGGGCUCAACAUCUCCAGGCUCAUGCAGGCUCACAUUAACCCAGUGUUUGACCCAGCCGAAGACUCACAGAAGAACAGCGAGCAACCAGCUGUAAUCGGCACAAUGGAUCCUGACGCUCUAGUAGCAGAACAGCAAGCAAGCACCAUCUUCCAGAUGGCACAGGGCAAGAAAACCAUUGACAUCUAUUGGCUCUUUGAUGAUGGAGGCCUGACACUCCUCAUCCCAUACCUCCUUGGCCGCAAAAAGAGGUGGGGCAAAUGCAAGAUCCGGGUCUUUGUUGGCGGGCAGAUCAACAGGAUGGAUGAAGAACGGAAGGCGAUUAUCUCCUUGUUGGGCAAAUUCCGGCUUGGCUUCCACGAGAUCCACAUCCUUCCUGACAUUAACCAGAAACCCCGACCUGAACACGUGAAGAGAUUUGAUGACUUAAUCGCUCCCUUCAGACUGAACGAUGGCUUCAAAGAUGAGGUGGUGGUGAAUGAGAUGAGACACGGAUGCCCGUGGAAGAUUUCUGACGAGGAGGUCACAAAAAACAAAGCUAAGUCACUUCGACAAGUGAGGAUGAAUGAAAUCUUGCUCGAUUACUCACGGGAUGCAGCCCUCAUCUUCAUAACCCUGCCUAUAGGCAGAAAGGGGAGAUGUCCCAGUAGCCUCUAUAUGGCCUGGUUGGAAACCCUCUCACAGGACCUGAGACCUCCCGUUAUCCUGGCCAGGGGCAAUCAGGAAAACGUCUUGACCUUUUACUGCCAAUGAUACUUGGACAUCUGGACACUGGAGCAAGAUGAAGGAAUUUGAGGCCAGCUUUUGCUUUUAGGACCAUGCCUGCCGGAUGUUCAAUUUCUGCUGGUGGAAGUCCGACAAUAAAAGA